UAUAUUUUAGCAUAUGCGUUUUUAUUUUUCCACUUUUGCCCUUCCCCAUUGUCUCCAAAGCUCCAACCUCUCUUCUCUAGCCACCAAGAUCGAUCCCAGAGACUCAUUGUUUGAUUGUCGAGAAAUUGACUUGGAAAGAGAAGUCGUUUUGAGGAUUAUUUCAAAAGAAAUCAGGUAUCAAAUGGUUGCAGAGAAUUCCUCGAACUCAACUUCUGAAUACAAUGGUGGUGGUGACAACAGCACCAAUUACGAGACCGAAGUUGUGUUGAAUGUGUAUGAUCUCACACCCAUUAACCAGUACAGCUUCUGGGUCGGUUGCGGAAUCUUCCACUCGGGUAUUGAAGUCCACGGCAUGGAAUAUGGAUACGGAGCUCAUGACUACCCUAUUAGUGGAGUGUUUGAAGUGGAACCAAAGAGCUGCCCAGGUUUUAUCUACAGAUGUUCCAUUCCACUGGGCCGCAUUAAUAUGCCUCCCGCCGAAUUCCGGAUGUUUAUUGAAAGAAUUGCUACCGAGUAUCACGGGGAUACGUAUCACCUCAUCUCCAAGAAUUGCAACCAUUUUACAGAUGAUGUCUCGUGGCGACUGACAGGCAAGGGGAUCCCUGGGUGGGUGAACCGGCUUGCCCGGCUAGGUGCUUUGUGCAGUUGUUUGCUUCCUGAAAGCCUUCAAGUAUCUACUGUUAAACAACUGCCUGAGUACCAUGCAUGUACAGAAGAUGGGAGCGAGUCUUCCUCAACCAUCUCCCCUCAUGAACCAACAGAAAGUGAUGAUGGGGAUCAAGAUAAGCUCCUGCUGUCACCAUCUGCCGGAAGCUCGGGAGUUGCUUUUAUUAAGGAGGCCCAGAGGACCUGGAAGUAGAAAGAAGUGGAUUGUUAUCAACGAUUCUACGAAUUUUGUGUAUUCGACUCUGAGCAAUUGGAUUUGGCUUCUCCACCGUAUUUAAUCAUUUUAUUGACUCAA